CUAAACCAAUCCGCUUGAAAGUAGGGGCGGGAUAGUUGUCGGCGAUGACGUCCACACACUCCCCGUUAGAUUCUUGGAUCCUUGAUAUGGCGUAGUACUGGACACGGCUCAAGGAAAACGGAGUACCUUUUCUGCUAUUAGGAGCAGGCUUUUACAUUUCCAUCCAGGAAAUAAUCAAUUCCAUCGUUUGAUAUUCAUUUACUCUUUUAGGCUUUGCAGUGGUUACGUCUACGAUUUCAAGAUGAUGUCCGAUGCCAGUGACAUGUUGGCUGCGGCUUUGGAGCAGAUGGAUGGAAUCAUAGCAGGUUCCAAGGCUUUAGAGUACUCAAAUGGCAUCUUCGACUGCCAGUCCCCUACCUCGCCCUUCAUGGGCAGCCUGCGAGUACUACACCUGGUUGAAGACCUUCGUGGCUUGUUGGAACUGAUGGAAGUAGAAGAAAAAGAAGGAUUACGCUGUCAAAUCCCAGACUCCACUGCAGAGACUGUGGUUGAAUGGCUCCAGGGUCACAUGACCAAUGGAUACAUCUCUGCGAGCGGUGAUGUUUACCAGGAAAGACUGACUCGUCUUGAGAGUGAUAAAGAAUCCCUUGUUCUGCAAGUGAGUGUGUUAACAGAUCAAGUGGAAGCACAAGGAGAGAAGAUCCGAGAUCUUGACUUUUGCUUGGAGGAGCAUAGAGAGAAACUAAAUGCUACCGAGGAAAUGCUGCAACAGGAACUUUUGAGCAGAUCUGCCCUGGAGACUCAGAAAUUGGAUCUCAUGGCUGAGAUUUCCAACCUAAAACUAAAGCUGACCGCUCUGGAGAAAGACCGUCUGGAUUUUGAGGAGAGGUUCAGGGACAGUGAGGGGUUGAUCCAGGAGAUAAACGAGCUGAGGUUCACGAUAACAGACAUGGAAAAUGAAAGGCUCCAGUAUGAAAAGAAACUGAAAUCAACAAAGGAUGAGUUGGUGAUAUUGAAGGACAAACUAGAGCAGAAAGAUGGGGAGGUCAAGAGACUGUGGGAUGAGAGCCUCUACAAGAUCACAAGUGCAACCGGAGGUUCAGAAAAGGAUGAAAAAGAUGAACAUUUAAAAAGGAAGCUCAAAGAGAAACACUUAGAGGUGCAGAAGAUGAAAAGGGCAGUUGAAUCUUUGAUGGCAGCAAAUGAGGAGAAAGACCGUAAAAUUGAGGAACUUAGGCAGUCGCUGAACAGGUACAAGAAGGUUCAAGACAUGGUCAUGUCAGCUCAGGUUAAAAAAGAUAAACUUAAAGAAGGCAGCAGUGAGGAGAGUCAGAGUGAUAGCUCUGUGUCGACUGCUAUUUCAGUCUCAAUUGAAUCUGAGAAACCUCCCUCGCCUGUCGCAAGAAAUGAAAAAGAGAUAGUAAAAACUCCUCAUGAGAUACCUGUUCAAAUGCAAAAAAGUGUUCUCCAAGUUUCAAUCCCAGCUUUGGCAUCCUCACCAAUGAACUUCAGUGAGACCGAGCAGGCCCAGAGCCAGGAGACCGAGGAUUGGGGCCUGUCAGAAAUGAGUGGGAUGAUGACACCAGAUAUUUCUUCAAUAAUACAAGAAACAAGUUUGUGUGAUAGUCCUGUAACACCAAGCAUUCCCAACUCUAGUAUGGACAAUUUAAAAAGCAGUGACACAGAUAAGAACCCUGUCGUAGAGCCGGUUCAUCAGAAGCCAACAGAGAACAAAGCAUAUGAAGAGAUCAGCACGUUUAGUGCUCUGCCUCCUACACCUCCUGGUCAGUCUGGCUCAGUCGACGAUGAAAGCUUCGGUUCUCGGAAAGCGAGGUCCUCGUUUGGUCGCGGCUUCUUCAAGAUCAAGGGAAGCAAGAGGACAGCAAGUGCACCCAAUCUAGAUCGCAGUCGAAGUGCAAGUGCACCUACAUUAGCGGAGACAGAAAAAGAAGGCUCUGAGCACAUAGAUCUGGCAGGAAUGCCUCGUAGGUCUGCAGAGGCUGACGGCUCCCAAACAUCACCUUCUUCCCCAGACUCCAAGAAAAAGGCCAGAGGAAUCAAGAAAUUGUUUGGAAAGCUUAAAAGAAGCCAGUCUGCAACAUUUAACCCUGAUGAUAUGUCUGACACAGAAUUUAAAAGAGGUGGCGUGAGAGCAACUGCAGGCCCCAGGCUGGGCUGGUCUCAGGACCUACAGCAUGCUAACAGUGAAUUAGAUAUGCCGUUUGCAAAGUGGACAAAGGAGCAAGUGUGUAACUGGCUACAGGAACAGGGCCUGGGUUUAAAUGUGAAUUUUGCCAAACGGUGGAUCAUGUCAGGACAGACUCUACUGCAGGCUUCACAGCAGGACCUUGAGAGGGAGCUUGGAAUUAAACAGCCUCUUCACAGGAAGAAGCUGCAGUUGGCCUUGCAAGCCCUUGGCUCAGAGGAAGAUGACCGCAAAGGAAGACUUGAUUACAACUGGGUCACGAGGUGGUUGGAUGAUAUUGGAUUACCCCAGUACAAGACUCAGUUUGAUGAAGGAAGAGUAGACGGGAGAAUGCUUCAUUACAUGACUGUUGAUGAUUUGCUGUCCCUGAAAGUUGGAAGUGUUCUACAUCACCUUAGUAUCAAGAGAGCCAUUCAGGUUCUGCGCAUCAAUAACUUUGAGCCCAACUGUUUACGCAGGCGACCCUCAGAUGAGAACAACAUAACACCAGCAGAGAUUGCCCAGUGGACAAAUCACCGUGUUAUGGAAUGGCUGAGAUCUGUGGACCUGGCAGAGUACGCUCCCAAUUUGAGAGGGAGUGGUGUACAUGGAGGCUUAAUGGUGUUGGAACCUCGGUUUAAUGUGGAAACAAUGGCCCUUCUGUUGAACAUUCCUCCAAACAAAACUCUCCUGCGACGACACUUGGCGACCCACUUCAAUUUACUGAUUGGUCAAGAGGCUCAGCAACAGAAGCAGGAAUCUCUGGAGUCUCCUGACUACACCCUUCUCACUGCCACUGCCAAAGUGAAGCCAAGAAAGCUUGGUUUUGGAACUUUUGGGAGUUUGCGGAAGAAGAAACAGGAAGAAAGCGAGGAAUACGUGUGCCCGAUGGAUGUGGCAAUGCCCACAGGAAGUAGUUUUCAGAAUGCAUAUAAGCGUGGAAUGGAAAUCGGACUGUAUGAUGACGACCUUGAUCGCUUGGAACAGAUGGAGGACUCCGAGGGAACUGUCAGACAAAUUGGCGCUUUUUCUGAGGGCAUCAACAACUUGACAAGCAUGUUAAAAGAUGAAGAAUUCUUCAAAGAACUGUCCACCUGUUCUCCCAGUGCCAGCGUAACAGAUGAAGACUCAAAUGUGUGACAAAGAAAGUGAUCCUCAUUUAGAUGAACGGAUGGGCUGUGAACCAUAAAACUGACUGUGUAAAUUGUAAAGAAUACCUAUACAUUACCUGUAUGCUAUAUAUAUAUAUAUAUAUAUAUAUAUAUAUAUAUAUAUAUAUAUAUAUAUAUAUAUAUAUAUAUAUAUAUAUAUAUAUAUAUAUAUAUAUACUAAAAAUGGUGUGGCUCUCAUAAGUGUGUCCUGAAAAGUAUUACAUCUAUAUUGAAAUAUAUUUAAACCACAACUUAAUUUUGAAUUGCAUACAAUUAUCGGCGAUCUAUGGUUCUCAGUAGAUUGCUAUAUUUUAAAUAAACUGCAUUUCAUGUAUAGUAUAUAAAGGUUGCCAAAUAUCUAGAAGACAAAGUUAUUCAUGACCACUAAUCUUGGACUACCUUUAGAGGUUGUUGAAAUGUAACAUUACAGUAAUUUGGAGGGGGAGGCAGGGGGGGUGUCACUGCAAGUACUUUUUUUUUUUAAUAUGUAAAAAUGUUAAAGUAAGUGGUUAACAAAAAACAAUGCAUUAUAAAUCACAAAAGUGAAGAUGGGGUUUAGGAAUUAUUAUAUAAGAGUUUGUUUGUUUGUUUCUUAAAUGUUGAACCACCCCUUACACAUCGGGGUCUGUGAAACUAACCAAAAGAGUAUUGUUACAUUUAUAAAGUUAAAAUUAAGCGUUGCAGUUCUUACGAUGCUCUAAUGCAAUACUCACCUUUUUUUUUUUAAACUCCCUACUUUGAAUUUGUAUUUUUUACUUCUGUAAUAAAUAUGUUUUGAUAUAAGAUGAUUGCAUUUUUGUAGAAAGAACCUAGUUUGUGUACCAGCUGGUUACUGGAUUUUUAUACUGUUUGGGAUUUUUUUGUAAUCUUGUGAAUAUUAAGUUUUGAGGUUUUUUACCUCAAAACAGUCGCUGCAAUCUUUUACUCAGUAGUUUAGGUAUUACUGCAUGGCACAUGUUUAAUUGUUUCUAAUGAUAAAACGCAUACUAAGCAAUACCCCCCCUUUUUUAUAUAAAGAAACAAUAAUAUUGGUGUAGUUAAGUUACUUUGCAAAACCAUUCACCCCUGGGCAGAUAAGUCAUAUUAAACAUAUCACACUUCAAAAUGGGAAGGAAUACACCAAAAGCAUCUCCUUCAUCACUUAUCACUCAGAAAUGUAUGUUUGUAUUGUUCAUCAUAUCUUUCAUACCGGUGGAUUAGAGAUGCAGCCAUAGCCAUCAAUGCCUGUAAUUCAAAACAAAAUUGUUUGAUGCUGCUUUGAUUGAAAAUAUGACCUUAAAGGUCUUGAAAUCAAAUGUAAUACAAAAUUGUAUAUUUUAAUGAAGAACCAAUUCACAAUUUAAUAUUAUAAAAGUCUAGAACAGUUUAAUGCUGAAAUAUCUUUUCUUUUACUGCAAUCUGUUAAAAUAUUUUUUUUAGCCCAUGAAGCUCUCUGAAUAAGCACCUGUAUUCAUUUUGUUAAACUGUUGUGACCAUAAACUGUCCAGGUGCUUACAAAUAUGGAACUUUUUUUUUUUUUUUUUUGUAUGUAUUUGUUUUAGGACAUUGUUUAGUCUGCAUUGUUUAGUUGUUUUUUUGUUUUAUGUACCAGUAUUAUCAGUGAUUUGUUGCAUGUUAUUUAUGCUUUUCUAGAAUGUCUUUCUGCUAUAGUUUUUGGAUUUAAAACUGUAAAGAAAGGCAGAACUCCUAUUAAAAUAAACGAUGAAACAACCAUUUUAAUUUUUUUUUUUUCAUCCUGCACCUUUUUAUAAUUCAUCAGUUUAUCCAGGAAUAGAACAUGUUUUGUAGUAUGUGGGGUUUUAUAAAUGUACCUUUUGAAAAUAAAUAACUUCAUGUCAGAUCAUGGAGUAUAAAUAUGAAAAAAAACUAAAUUAAACAGCUAAAUUCAGAAAAUUACUUAGAUCAAGCUUUGCAUCUGCUUAUGAGUUUCAAUAAAUAUGUGGAAAGCAAUUAUAGUGAAUGGUAUGCUUUUUAAAGGAGUUCUGUCUUUCACAUGUAUUGCAACAGAUGACUACAUAUGGAAAAUACUAUUAUUAAAUACAUGUCUUAAGAAACCCUGGAUAACCAUAGUAUAAGCAGUGUGUGCAUUGUUAAUACUGUAUAUGAUUUAAUUCAUUUUUAAACAUUAAUAAAAUAAUUCAUUCA